UGUGUGUGUGUAAAAAAGCUCAGAACUGAGUCAUUUUAGGAUCAGUCUGCCUCUAACCUAAACCAGUGGGGGUUUUUUUCCUCUCUUUCUAUCUCUCUCCCUCUCUCUUUCCUGCCCUCCUCUCCUCCACUGGUCUGUGUGCACCAAGCAAUGAACAAACAGAAGGGUUGAAGUUGCCCGCAACUCAGAAGUUGUGGAACUAAACAGAACUGACAAACAGACAGACAAACAGACAAACAUGGAUUCAGAGCCAGGGGAGCUGAGCGAAGGAGACCUUUCCCCAGUGGGAGCGGAGUCCUUCAGCGCCAGGAACCUGGCUCUUCAGGCCCAGAAAAAGAUUCUCAGCAAAAUGGCGACAAAGACAAUGGCCAGCAUGCUGAUCGACGAGACGAGCAGCGAUAUCCUGGACGAGCUGUACAGCGUGACCAGGGAGUACACCGGCGACAAGAAGGAAGCCCACCGGGUGCUCAAGGACCUGAUCAAGGUGGCCUUGAAGAUCGGGAUCCUCUACCGCAACAGCCAGUUCAACCAGGAGGAAGGGGAGACGGCGGAGAAGUUCAAGAAGAAGCUGAACCAAGCGGCCAUGACGGCCGUCAGCUUCUAUGAGGUGGAGUUCACCUUCGACACCCAGGUCCUGGCGGUACUUUUGAACGAGUGCAAAGACCUGCUGCACAGACUGGUGGAGCGGCACCUGACCCUCAAGUCCCACGGGCGCAUCGACCGUGUCUUUCGGCUCUACGCCAGCUCGGACUUCCUCUGCACCCUGUACAAUCCACGCGGGGUUUACAGACCGAACCUGCAGAAAAUCUGCGCAGGCGUCAAUAAACUGCUGGACGAAGGAAUCCUAUAAUGAGCGUUUCGCCAUGAAAGCCAGAGCACACUUCCCUGACGAUCUGUAAAGUACACACGCACACACUCAUGCACACACGCGCGCGCAUUCCAUCGAGGAUGAAUUUUGUGGCACAUUUGCGCUGUGUGCAUCCAUGCUAAAUUCCUGAGAACCGCUUUGUCCGAAUGUUAUAAAUCUGUUGAUGAGCGCGCAAAGCAAAGCCUUCGUAUUGUCUGCUUCUCUUUAUUUUCCUCAAAUCG